UGGUCUAAGGUGACGCCUCGAGUUAGCGGAGUGCCGGCUUAUUUUACCCAGUUUGCCCUUGUUCCGCUCCGGGUUCACUUCCUCUCUCUGUGGUCAACAUACUUUUUUGGUAACACGUGUUGGCCGAUAAUUACCGCAACGGAGAAUUGUACGCAAGUUUUCUCUCUAACGCCGGGGAGCAAAGUACACGUCAACGGAGCAGAGAGUCCAUUUCGACACUCUAUAUUUCUCGGGAACUGCUGAGUGCGUCGACAUCACGGGAUUGUACCAAAAAGCAUAGCGGUUCCUUUUUGGUGAUUCAUUAUACCGGCGCCGCUCGAAGAAGUCAGCUGCGCGAAAAAGUCAUCUGAAAUUCUGAUUCAGAUUCGAAAGAUAACUCUACCAUGGGCUAUGAUGAGGCUAUCGUCCAUCUGGGCGACUUUGGGCGAUACCAAAAGAUCAUCUACUUCCUCAUCUGCCUGACCUCCAUUCCAGUGGCCUUUCACAAGCUGGCUAGUGUGUUCCUUCUGGCCAAACCAGACUUCCGGUGCGCCUUGCCCUUCGAGAAUGGCAGUACCUAUGACUUAUCACCCCAACUAUGGAACCUUUCAUUUCCCCAGGGGGUCAGGUGUGAGUACUACGAUGUCGAUUACAGUGAUGAGUACCUAAACGGCAGCAUUCCCCGGAGUAGCAAUAAAACCAAAAGCUGUUCGCAAUACGUAUACGACCAGAGCACGUAUCUCAACAGUGCUGUAACCGAAUGGGAUCUAGUUUGCGGGAAGGAGUCUCUGGCCGCCACCAGCGAUUGUAUUUUCAUGUUCGGAGUGCUCUUGGGCAGCAUAGUCUUUGGCCAAAUGAGUGAUAAAUACGGUCGCAAGCCCAUCCUCUUUGCCUCGCUGGUCAUCCAGGUGUUUUUCGGAAUUUUGGCAGGCGUGGCUCCGGAUUACUUCACUUACACGUUUGCCCGACUAAUGGUAGGGGCCACAACUUCAGGAGUCUUCUUGGUGGCCUAUGUGGUUGCCAUGGAAAUGGUUGGACCCGAUAAGCGGCUCUACGCCGGCAUCUUUGUGAUGAUGUUCUUCUCCGUGGGAUAUAUGUUGACGGCGGCAUUCGCCUACUUCGUCCACGAUUGGCGCUGGCUGCAGAUUGCUCUGACUCUUCCUGGACUCAUCUUUAUGUGUUACUACUGGAUCAUUCCCGAAUCUGCCCGCUGGCUACUCUCAAAGGGAAGGAAAGAUUGUGCCAUCGCCAAUAUGCAAAAGGCAGCCCGUUUCAACAGAGUGGAAGUAACCAAUGAGACUCUAAGUGACCUACUGGAUGAGGGAGAAACGUCAGAGGAGAAAGCCAAGCAAAAACUCGAGGAUAAGGAUGAGGAUGAGGGACCUUCUCCCUCCGUGUGGGAUCUCUUCUGCUAUCCCAACCUCCGCAGGAAAACGCUGCUUAUCUUCUUGGACUGGCUGGUGACCAGUGGCGUGUACUAUGGACUCUCCUGGAACACCAACAACCUCGGUGGUAAUGUGCUACUCAAUUUCGUCAUCUCAGGAGCUGUGGAGAUACCAGCUUACAUAUUCCUUCUGUUGACCCUGAACCGCUGGGGCAGAAGAUCCAUCUUGUGUGGCUGCUUGGUCAUGGCAGGACUCAGCCUUCUAGCCACUGUAAUCAUUCCAGAGCAUAUGCACAGCUUUGUUGUGGCAUGCGCCAUGCUGGGCAAACUGGCCAUCACCGCAUCCUACGGUACGGUUUACAUAUUCUCCGCCGAGCAGUUCCCGACUGUGGUGAGAAAUGUGGGUCUCGGGGCUGCUUCGAUGGUGGCCCGUAUUAGUGGGAUGAUGACGCCUUACCUCAACUAUUUGGGCACCAUUUGGAAGCCACUGCCGCUGCUCAUCUGCGGAUCCCUGUCGUUGGCGGCAGGUUUGCUCUCCCUACUGCUGCCAGAGACGCACAAUCAGCCCAUGUUAGAGACCAUUGCCGAUGGUGAGCGUUUUGGCAAGAAGACCAAGGGUGAUGUCUAUCUGGAAACGGGCCAAGAACUGCGAGAGUCUCCGGAGACGCAGCCACUCAAAGGAUCAGCUGAUACAAAUGGAGGCAAGACAAAUGGCCAAAAAUACUAGAAAAUCUCAGGGCCAGAACUCACUUAAUAUUUUCCAUAGUUAAAAAGACUAGAGGUUACAGGGUGUCUAGAAAUUCGACCAGGCCAAAGGCACGGCAUUUAUCAUUAAAGCAUAGGCCAAGUAUUAUAUAAUUUCAAAAAUCUCAAAAGCAACCAAAAAUGAGAAGACAACAAGACAAAUUGAUCAUGACCAUGUUCGCAUUUACCUUGGGAGCAGUAACCUUAGAGGGAUGGUUUUCCCGUGGGAAAUCACCUGGAAAAUGCCAGAUCACCCAUGUCGCUGCAUAAUUUAUUCCUAAAUCUAUUUAACUUUAGUGUAGCUACAGCAUCCAUGAGUCCAUGGAGAUAAUUUUGAAAUAAAAUGUAUUUUUCCAGAGACGAAA